AUGGAGGUCUCGUUUGCCAUCACCGGAAAGGGCUAUGUGAUUCUCGCAGCGGAUCAGAAUGCGGCUCGUUCAAUCAUCAAGAUGAAAGCGGACGAAGACAAGAUCAAAGCCCUGGGCUCGCACCUCCUGAUGGCGUAUUCCGGGGAGCCAGGUGACACGGUUCAGUUUGCCGAGUAUGUCGAGCGCAACCUGCGACUGCAGCAGAUGCGCAAUAACCAUCCACUCCGCCCACAAGCCGCUGCAUCUUGGGUACGAAGAUCGAUAGCAGACUCACUACGCUCCCGCUCGCCAUAUGCGGUCAAUAUUCUACUCGGUGGCUACGACAUGGCGAACAAACAGGCCAAACUAUACUGGAUGGACUACCUUGGCACGCAGGUGGACGUUCCUUUUGCCGCGCAUGGUUAUGGAUCGUAUUUCGCUCUCAGCUUGUUGGACAGAUAUCACAACCCAGAGGCUUCGCUAGAAGAAGGCCUCGAUACUUUGAAGCGCUGCAUCAGAGAAGUUCAGAAGCGACUGGUCAUUUCUUUCCCCUCGUUCAAGGUCAAAGUCGUCGACGAGGGUGGCGUACGGGAAGUCGAGCUCGAUAUGACCGUAUGA